UCGAGAAAAAAACAACAAAUAUUUGCAUGUGCAAUAAAGCAAACGUAAAUAGCAUUUUGCCAAGCACUGAGCCACCUGGAAAAUGGCUGCGGCCGGAAGCAACGUCCGCUGCAUCAACUACUACGACCUGUGCCGCAUCUGCACGGACAGCAGCGACCACAAGACGAACAUCUACUCGCCCGAGGGACGCGCCAAGAACCUGAGCCACAAGAUCCUCGAGUGCCUCUCGCUGCAGAUCGAUGAAAAGGAUCGUUUGCCCAAGGUGGUCUGCGCCCAGUGCGUGCAGCAAGUGGAGCAGAUCCACGGCCUUCGCGCCACUUGUCGCAAUUCGCAGACGAUGCUGAGCAACUGCCUCAACAUUCGACCAGCGCCGAGCAGCGAUAAGCUUUAUAUCCGGGAUGCCAUCGACGAGACCGGCAAGAGUCUCAGCGUGGCGCAGGCGGCGCCAGUUGCCACUGGUGGGUCUCAGCAGUCCGGGAAUCUGCUGAACAGCAUCAUCCAGGCGGUGGGCAUGCAGCCCCAGCAGCAGUACACCAUCACGGUGGACAACGGGGUGCAGCAGCAACUGCCGGAGGUGCAGGUCAAAAGCGAGAGGCAGAGUGCCCUGGAGGAGUUCAUCCGCCUGAAGCCAGACAUCAAAAUAACGCCGCUGGGCAAGAAGGAGGCCGUUUCACCACCCAAACCCCAGCAGCCACCUCCUCUGCAACCGCCCACGGUGACGACUACCAUAAACACUCCUCAGUUGCAGCUACAGCCGCAACUGGGGGAUCAACUGCAGCCGCUUUGGCAGCAGAUUCAGCAGCUACAACUGCAGCAGCAGCUGCAGCAACUCACCAACCAGCUGCAGGCCACAACUCAGUUCUCCGCCGCCGCCCAGGAGGAUGCCGCCAAUCCGGGCGAUAGCAAGAAGCCCAAGCUAAACUUUGUGCUCUCCUCGCAGGCGACGCCCCAAUUCACCACCUCGCUGCCGCAGUUUGCAGGAAGCCAGCCGCAGAUUCAGCUGCAGUUGAUGCCCGGUGGAGGAGGAGUAACGAAUGCUUCGGCAGCGCCUGCCCAGCCACAGUUUAAUGCCGCCGCGCUGCUCUCUAGCCUGGCGGCUCCGCAGUCCACUCCCAAUCUGCUCUCACCGAACAAGUGCUUUCUGCCCAUCACCAUACGGGACGAGAACUCGGAUCAGCAGAUCGUGGCGCAUAUAGACACCAAAAACCUAGUGCUGCCCACCACCUACCAAGUACAGAUGAAGCUGCAGCCCCAGCUGGCCACCGCCGACGGUCAGCCGAUCAUGCAGCUGACACCCACGUCGAUUCCAGCCACUCUGCAGCUGACACCGCAGACGCUGGGAAACCCGGGGAGCAGCUUUCAGGGCACGACUGUGGCGCAAAAUCAGUUUCUGGCGCCGCCACAGCCUCCGCCGCCUGUCCAGCAGCAACAACCGCUUACUCAACUGCCGAAUACGGCACAAGUGACCUCUCAGCAAAUCAUAAGAUCUCCGCAGACCAGCACCACCAAUCCGCAGUUGGUGAUAAGGAAUGUGACCAAUAUACCGACUACUCCUAGUACGCCCACGAGCAGCAAGGAGGCGCCUACCUUCAAGACUCCCCCGCCAAAGCAAAGACAGAUGGCUUCGCCAAAGAGCAAAACUCCAGUGGCCUCGCCUUCAGGAGGAAGCAGUAGCCCGUCCACCAACGAGUUUAAGCGGCUGAUGGCGCAGGCAAAGCAGCAACCGCAGGUGAAGCAACAGCAGCCCACCGCAGCAGCCACUGUAGCAGCCCCUCAGCAGACAACGGCUGCUAUGCAGCGACUCUCCUCGAAUACAACCAUCACCAAGGUGGCCAAACAGCCCGUUUCGGCGCCAGCAGCAGCAGCAGCACCGGCUCCAGCAGCCACUCCCGCCAAGCUGCCCGUGCUGAACAAGCAGAAUAUUACCAUCAGUCGAAUCUCAAUGCAGGCAGCGACCAAGCCGCAAACAAAGCCUUCACCUCCUCCUGCUCCAGCUCAGCCCAUUCCUUUGCCCGUUCCCGCACUGAAUCAAGCACAGCCGCCACCGCUGGCGGCACAGCACAAGAAGAUCGUGCGCAAGCCACCUGAAAAUCAGGAAAAGGCUAAGCCAGCGCGGCCACCGCAACAGAUUCUGCCCUCGCCCAAUCAGGAAGGGGAGAAUGCGACCUCCACUGCGACCUCCGAUGCGUUGCUGCGACCCCUAACCGCUGUUCUCGUUUGCCCCACCUGCAAGCGUGAGUUCAAGAAGAAAGAGCAUCUCACCCAGCACGUGAAGCUGCACGCGGGCCUGCGACCCUUCAAGUGCUCGGAGGAGGGCUGCGACAAGACCUUCAGCCGCAAGGAGCACCUGUCGCGGCACUUGAUCUCCCACUCGGGCCAGAAGAUGUACACCUGCGAGGUGUGCAAGAAGCCCUUCUCGCGAAAGGACAACCUCAAUAAGCAUAAGCGUAUUCACACGCAGCCGGCCAACGAAACGCUUUACUGCUGCGAUGUUUGCAACAAGAAUUUCGCCACCAAGCUGCAUUACGAGAAGCAUCGGGAAAUGCACAAGAAAGUUCGACCGGAGAGUGCAGCUCCUGCCUCCACUGCUCCUCCUGCGGCCACUCCUGCUCCUGCUCCUGUCCGUAGCAAUGGUCAGGUCCCCAAUAAGGCGGUCUACGAAAUCAAACCACAACGCAAUCCGCAGCAGCAGCCAACGCAAAGUCAAUCACAGCCGGCGCAGAUCAUGCAUGUGGUGACCACCCAGGAUCUGGCCGGAAACACAAUAACGAUCACCCAAGCACCCGACUCCAAUAUGCCCGCAUCUCUGGCCAACUACGUGCAGCUGGGCUUUUCCCAGUUCCAGAAUCCCAGCGCACCAGCAGCCAAGCAAAAUUAAUCUGAAAGCGCGAGAAGUACUCCAUUUUACCUCGUGUCCUAGUCCGCGGUCUAUUCCACCUCCUGGUCGCCAGUUCCUUAUUGCUUUUAGUUUUCGUUUAGUUUACCUCUUACUUUUUCUUUGUGCAAUAUUAUUUAUAAUUCGUUUGAAGCGUGUUUUCACGUUUCCUUUAUUUCCUUAAUUUAUUUUAGUCUGUGAAUCGCAGCAGUUAGAUUAGGAUAAACCCCCUAAAGAGAGUGUCAGUGUAAAGUUUCCUAUCGUAAGGCAUUGUAAAUAUCUGUGUAUCUAUUAUAUGUACAAGCUGAAAACAAUUGAUGGUAAAAUACCUUUUUUGGGUGAAAAGAAUGAUUCCAUUGCAAAAAUAAAUAUAAUGUGUAAUUUAUGGCAAA